CCAGUCCAGCGGGAGCAAUUCCGCGGUCCAGAACCAAGGUUUAGUGGUAGAUGACCAAACCUUUGAGCUUUGUUCGAUUUUUUACUUCAAAAUUCUAAGAUAUGUGGCAGAAUGUGCUAUUGGUGAUCGUUCUGUUAGUGCUAUUUUGCUUCCGAGAUGUUAGGAAACCUGUGUUUUUCCCACCUGGUCCCAGCUGGUUCCCGCUGAUCGGUAGCGGUUACUAUGUGCUCAAGCUGCUCAAGCAUUUCUCCUUCCAUCAUCUGAUGUGGACCGAGUUGGUGAAUCGCUUCGGACCGGUCGUGGGGUUGAAGCUGGGCCGGGAUCGGGUUGUUAUUGUUUCCGGAAUGGAUGCUAUACGAGAGCUGUACUGCAAGGAUGAGUUCAACGGUCGGCCAGACGGGUUCUUUUUCCGAAUACGCUCUUUCGAUAAACGGUUAGGCGUGGUUUUCACGGAUGGAGAGAACUGGGACAUGCAACGCAGAUUUUCCAUCAAAGCACUGAAAACACUUGGUAUGGGUACGGCAGGGAUGGCGUACCACCUGGAGAAAGAAGCCGAAGAAUUGAUACAUCAUUUUCGCAAAUUAUCACGGACAAACAAUCCGAUUAGUAUGCACAAUGCAUUUGAUAUAUCGGUUCUAAAUAUCAUAUGGACUUUAAUUGCUGGAAAAAGGUUUCAUUUAAGUGAUAAGCGCCUGGAAUGGAUUACCGAGACAAUUCAUAAAAGUUUUCGAGUGAUAGAUAUGUCUGGCGGUGUAUUGAAUCAGUUUCCGAGCUUUCGGCAUGUAUUUCCUGUUCUCUCUGGUUUUACUCCCCUCGUCAAUCUGCUAAAACCAUUGUGGGAAUUUUUGAAUGAUACCAUCAAUUUAAUUGAUAAUAAACCGAGACUUCCCGAAGAAAAUGAUUGUCUGAUAACAUUAUAUCUUCGCGAGCUGCAAAAGAGCAACAUCCAUUCGUCAUUCAGUAGCGAACAGCUUCUUUGCCUGUGCCUCGAUCUCUUUCAAGCCGGAUCGGAAACGGUCAGCAACACACUUGGUUUCGGGAUCGCCUACAUGCUGCACAAUCCGCAGGUUGUCAAAAAGGUUCACCAGGAGCUGGACAAUGUGGUAGGACGAUAUCGGCUUCCGUUGUUAGAUGACCGACGUAGUUUGCCGUACGUGGAAGCCGUAAUCUGUGAGAUUCAGAGAAUUGCUAAUGUGGCACCACUUGCUAUUGCCCACAGAACGUUGCAACCCGUUCAGUUGGGGGCGUAUGUAGUGCCGAAAAAUACGAUCACUAUGGUUUCAAUUUAUUCGUUGCAUAUGGAUAGAGCGUACUGGAAUGAUCCUGAAGUUUUUCGUCCUGAAAGGUUUAUGGAUGAAACCGGGAGUAAACUUAUAACGCAUGAAUAUUUUUUGCCUUUUGGAGCUGGUAAAAGACGAUGCUUAGGGGAAUCGUUGGCCAAGUCGAAUUUGUUUUUGUUUUUUGCUGCCUUCAUGCAUGCUUUUAUAAUAGAACCUGCCGGGGAAGGACAUCUGCCGGAGCUAGAUGGCAUCGAUGGAAUCACACUAUCACCUAAGCCGUAUUAUGUUGCGUUGAAAGAAAGACUAAUAUGACUUUGUGUAAUCGAUUUAUCAAAUAAUGAUAAAUGGUAACGAUAAGAAAAUGUAA